UUUAUUGAAGAACUACAGAACCACAGCAAGUGCUUGAUCAAAGCAUGAACACAGUUUCAUAUACGGCUCGAUAAGCACAACCAAGUGUUGUUGGACACUGUUGAAGCACCCUUUCGAAGAAGAUGGAUGUAUUUGAAAACUCUCUUCCUGUGCAACGUAUCUCAGGUCUUUUCAGUCGUUUACAACAGAGUUCCUGAUUACGAAGACGGUACUGCUGCAACUUUCAGCAGUGCCUCGAAAAACAACGACGCAUCCUCCUUUUUCGUCUACCCUAGCGCCACUCCGUACGGUGGUUUUGAUUCCCUCGAAGACAGCGUCUUUUUUCCUUUCCAGACAUCAUUUGCAAAUCAGGUUGGAGAACACCAAUUCUCGAAGCAGGUUCUAGCUCUCCGACAGCAGCCAAUCGUGACUAUCAUUUAAUUGCGGCAUGUGCGUACCGCCAGUAUGCCGCAUUCUACAGUGUCGUCCACAAUUGCUGUCGCAAAGGCCGGUAUCCUGUGCUGAACGUGCCCUAGUCUUGAGUGCCAUACGCUUGUCUCUGUAUUACCGAGUUGCUUUGAGACUAAGCAUGCACACAUGGCCGCUUGACGGCCAUGACCGUGGGACCCAUGGUUCUCACUAGUCUUGAAAUAUCGACUUUGAGUCUCAUUAAGGCACAGAUCUUGGCGACGUGGCAAAUAGAAUGCUGUCGGUGCGUAGAGAGUGAUAAGUCUCAGUCUGUGUGAAUGUAUGAGAUUGUUGCAACAAGGCUCGCGGACGGGAUGAGUUCGUUGUUGUCAGCAGUUAAGCGAGUGCGCUGGAGUAUAGACUCUGGGAUGAGUUUUGAUUCAUAAAAAACUCCAGUUCAGGAUCAAACAUGAUAUGCUGUAGCAAAGAGUGCAUAAACACGGGGAAAAGUGACACGAAAAAAUGUCACGGAAAGAGGGCAAAGGAAAGUUCAGCAGUAAAACAGAGGUGGCGAGAAAAGGAAGCAGUCGUGCUCACCGCCACCAGCUCCAUCCCCGUGCAAUGCAGGGUUUCAGACGCACUAGAAACUCAAAUCCCCCGGCAGUGUGUAUUCCUAGUAUCUUGUUAAAAGGAUAAAAUGGCAAUUGACCUGAGGGCGUCCUGAUGCUUUCGUUAAUCUGUUGAAACACCCGUGUCGGAGUACUGUCGAAUGCACUGCUCGGUUUAUGCCACCUUCGAUGUCGCGCGGGCUGGAGAAGCUUCACGCUGAAAACCGUUAUCGAGAGGUUAUGGUGUCAUCCGGGCAAGGAAGCCACCACUAAAACCUUGUUGAUGGUGGCACUUUCCUUCACGUUUUAUGUUGACUUACCUCGUGUCCCUUUGUCGGAACUGAAAAAAAAUUCUCUACACAAGUUGUACGUGGCUUGCUGCUUUUCCAGAACUGUAUGCCCACUGGUCACGCCGCUGCUCCCUGCCGGUCCCCCCAAACUGCCUCCUUGCUUGCGCAGGACAGUUUCCUCCCGAAGGAAAAACGAGGUGUUUUUUUUCUCAACAUGGAACGCCAGGCGACAUGCCGCUACGACCCCCUCGUUGAGGUACCUCUGCCGCCUGGCAUUGUCAUCUGGACACAACACCAAUACUACGAUGGUGCCGGUUGGCUGGCAUUGCCGGAUCGAGAGAAACUAGAGCUGAAGCCCACGCGAUGGUCAGAUGGCCGUCUCCGUUUCCUUGAUCCGAUCGACGAGCUUCCAGAACCCUUCAAGGCCGUUCAGUCCGGCAAGUUCGAUGUGAAGUGUUGGAAGAGAGGGGAUUGCAAGCUGGGUAUCGAAGGAGACAAGACAGUUUUCUUGAAAUCCCCGAUCUCCCCAGACGUCGCUGUGUACGUGCACGCCGAGCGACUUCCAACAUUCCCCAAGUCGUGGAAGCCGCUGGUUUUCAUCCUUAACCAGUCCCUGGCAAUGUUCAGACUGACGGAAAAUCUGUGCCUUCUCGUGGUUGCUGAGAAGGACAAGACCAUGAAUAUUAGUUGUGUGGACUAUAACGGCGGUUUUGCCUGCACACACCCCAGCACGAAUAUGGUGGUUGCGUACGGCUCGUACGUUCUCAAGAACUUCGAGAAACUGCCCAGUUGCCAAGCGAUUCCGAAGAUGCUAACUGCCUCGGGAGACUGGGGCUUUUUCGUCCAGUUCUAUCCGUGGGGUUUCUUCUUCAUUCCGAAGAGUGUCGAGCUUACCCGGCCCCAGGCAGUCCUAGGAGCAGUGGGAAUGGGCAAAAAGGUCGAUACCAUUGGCUUGGUUUUCCAUCCUCCCAACAUGUUCAUCAACGUGAAACUGGAUAUCCCUGCCAAGACUACGCGGGCUCUGCAGUUCGGAAAAGACUUCCAGGUGACAGCCAAGAAAACGAGCGAAACGGACAUCGAUGUCUUCCUCGUGAUCGACGGUCAACUGGCUAAGUACAACUACUCCUUCGACAUUCGCAUCAACAAGCCGGAGAGGCCAAAGCACACGGAUAACAUCCAUUUCAAAUGUUCCUGCGAUGCGGAGGAAAAGAAGAAGCCAGACCCGAAAUUCAAGCUGAGCGCAUGCAAAGAUUCAGUCAUUCUUCUGGAGCAAGGCUGCCCGUCGGGCAACCCUGAUGAACAACUCGUCAGUGAGCAGCUAAUCGCUUGCUUUGACGCCGAAGUUUGCUUGUACUCCACACACCCGCCAGCGCUCAAGCUCUGUGACGCAUUCACAGAUGUCGCGAUUCGUGAGUAGACCCUUGUCUGGUCUCAUUCCAGUUGUUUGAAAACGAACGAACGACGCAGCAGUGCCCUGAAAGGAGACUUCUUCUCGUGAAGAUAUACAUCCAGUGCAUGCCAUAAUGCGGUACCAGGCUGCAGGUUUUCUUCCCGGAGUCCAUUUGUUCUCGGUUUUCUCUAGAGUGACGGAGGUGUUAGAGCGGCUUUCCUGCCCUGCGGGGGUGCCCACAAAGUUGUUAUAAAAAAUAAAGACUCGCCUUUCACCCCGACUGUCUUUAUCGGUCUGCACAUUGUGGGGGAGAGAACUGGGGCCGAUCGCUUUGUUCAUUUUUGCUCCGACGGAACACUGUUUCAGGCCUUCGCAGGAGUGGGUCCUCAACUAUUCUCAUGUGGCCAUAGGUGUUCGCGGAAUGGCCUUUUGGAGCUUGUGAAAUGUCGGCAGAGUUCUUUCUGAGCCCUGCAACUUGAGAAAAGCGCAACGGAUCGUCGCAGGACAGCGCCCGUAUUGCUAUUGCGAGGCUGUCCUUCCGCGGUGUCUCCGUCAGAUCUGUUUUCCUGCAGCCAUCAUCCUUUGAUGUUUUGUCGAUAUUCUUCGGUUCCCUGGUACAAGCGAGGAAGCAACCGAUCGUUCGUACUCGAAACGAUGUAUCUCUCUCGUUCUCUAACGACAGAAGCCUACCUGACGGGGCCGGAGGGCAAAAAAUGGCUGUCCGCGGAGCCGUUAGAGCCUCCAGUGGAGAGCCUUUUUCUCUGCCACCGGCAAUCAUUCACAUCCCUCAUUGUGGAACGCGGAAUGUUUCAGACCGCUAACGUCCUUAGGCCUCCACCAGCGCCUUACCCUUCCGACGC